GGGUGGGCUGACUUCGCCGCCUUUUGCCCGCCGUGCUUUUUGCUCCGACCUGGCUGGCUAGGCCGCGAUUCUGGUGGCCGGGAUGGCGGUAGCUGUGCGGGCUCUACAGGAGCAGCUCGAGAAAGCCAAGGAAAGCCUCAAGCACGUCGAUGAGAAUAUCCGCAAGCUCACGGGUCGGGACCCCAACGAUGUGCGGCCCGCUCAAGGUAGAUUAUUGACCCUCACAGGCCCUGGAGGAGGUAGGGGGCGAGGAAACAUAUUGCUGAGGCGUGGAUUCUCGGAUAGCGGAGGAGGACCCCCAGCCAAACAGAGGGACUUGGAAGGGGCGACCAAUAGGUUGGUUGGGGAACGUCGGACAAGGCGAGAAUCACGCCAUGAAAGCGACGCAGAGGAUGAUGAUGUUAAAAAACCAGCGUUGCAGUCUUCUGUUGUUGCUACCUCCAAAGAGCGAACACGUCGAGAUCUUAUUCAAGAUCAAAAUAUGGAUGAGAAGGGGAAACAAAGGAAUCGGCGUAUAUUUGGUCUGUUGAUGGGUACACUUCAGAAGUUCAAACAAGAAUCAACAGUUGCUACUGAGAGGCAAAAAAGACGUCAGGAAAUUGAACAGAAACUUGAAGUCCAGGCAGAGGAAGAGAGAAAGCAGGUUGAAAAUGAGAGGCGAGAACUCUUUGAGGAGAGACGUGCUAAACAAACAGAGCUGCGGCUAUUGGAACAAAAAGUUGAACUUGCUCAGUUGCAAGAAGAAUGGAAUGAGCAUAAUGCCAAAAUAAUUAAAUAUAUAAGAACGAAGACAAAGCCUCACUUGUUUUAUAUACCUGGCCGAAUGUGUCCUGCUACCCAGAAGAUGUUUGAUGAUUCUCAAAAAAAAUUAAACGCACUGUUUGAAAGUAGGCGCAUUGAAUUUGCUGAGCAAAUUAACAAAAUGGAGGCCAGGCCCAGACGACAGUCUGUGAAGGAAAAAGAACACCAGGAGGUGCAGAAAGAAGAAAAGAAGGAAGACCAGAACAAGGAGCAGGAAGAGGGUAAGGCGGUUCAGCAGGUGGAAGAGAUGGAGACAGGUAAUCAGAGCAAUGAUGUAGACAUGGAAGAAUUAGGUGAGGAAAAGGAGGUAGGUGCUAGUCACAGUGAUGGGGAGAUAGAACAGGAGGAGGAAGAACAGAAAGAGGAAAUGGAAGUUAAGGUACAAGAGGUUACUGAGGUUAAAGAGAAUGACAGGCAGCAGGAAAGUCAGGAGGAGGAAAUUGUAUUAGUGAAAGAUGGUGAAAGUAUUCUGCCAAUAGAUGGAGAGCAGGAUAUGAUGGAAACUAAUGAGGCAGAUCAUACAGAGCCACUAGAAAAUGAGAAUAGUAAAGAAGUGGAACCAGAAGUGGAAUGUAAUGUUCAAUCAGAACAGGAGGGGCCUAUUGCUGCCCUGGAGAAAGAGGAAACCAGCAAACCAGAAGUUGAAGCUGAACCAGAGGAGGCAGAAGAAAAGGAGCCUGAAUCCACUCCAGUAUCAGAGGCUGACGCCCAGCCUCAGUCAGAGUCUGUGCUUCGGCCACAACCUCCACCACUGUUGGAAUCCACUCAAGAUCAAGAGCCUCAGGUAGACAAAGAAGAAUCAGUAGUGCCUGAAAAGCUGCCUGAAAUCCAGGCAGACCAAGUCCAGGCAGUAAGUGUAGAAAACAAGAACAAGAUUAGGAGCAGAAGUAGUGGUGGUAGAACAAGGAACAAAACCAGCAAGAGCCGAAGUCGGAGUACUAGUAGUAGCACUAGUAGCACUAGCUCUACAAGUAGUAGUAGUGGUAGCAGUUCUAGCAGUGGCACCAGUAGCAGUCGAAGCAGUUCCAGCAGCAGUAGCAGCACCACUGGAACUAGCAGUCGGGAGAGUAGUAGUAGUUCUAGUAGCAGUGAGAGCAGAAGUCGAAGCAGAGGACGUGGUGGACACAAUAGGGAUAGAAAACGUAGAAGGAGUUUGGAUCGGAAGCGAAGGGAUAGUUCAGGAGUAGACAGGAGUCACAAGUCUUCAAAAGGUAGCAGCAGAGAUGCAAAAGGAUCGAAGGAUAAAAGUUCAAGGUCGGACAGAAAGAGGUCUAUAUCAGAAAGUAGUCGGUCAGGCAAAAGAACUUCGCGGAGUGAAAGAGACCGUAAAUCAGACAGGAAAGACAAAAGGCGUUGACAGAAGAGACCAGGCUCCCUAGCCUAAUCUUUGCAGCAGAAGAUUACUUGAGUGAAAGGAUUCCAUGUGAGGAAGAAAAGGCUGCCUUAAUUGCAUGCUGUAUAAAAUCUUUUGGAGAAAUGCAGACUCUUUACCAAGCAAUUCUUGUGCUUUUUACAUGAUUUUGUAAAAGCUUACUUAUCAAAUUAUGUGAAGAUGCAAAUGUAUACAAAUAAAAGAAUUGACAACCCCUUCAUCUUUUUAAAUAUGCUCUACUUAAGAGCUUCUGUAUAUUUUAAUAGAUGCACCAUUACAUUUGUGUGAUUUCAAUUCUGUAUCAUAAGUCUUUUUUGUAGAAAUAAAUGUGCAUUUUACAGAGG